AGAUCAUCAAAUAUCUGUGUCUUGAACUGCAUUUCCCGAUCAUAACUAAGUGAUACCUGGGAAAAGCCAUCAAAUUAUCGAACAGGUAUCUUGCUCUAUCUGCCAAUCUGCUGCCGGCAUGGCAGGGAAAUGAUUUUGCAUUCAACAUUCUCAGAUAUUCGUCCUAGACGUCAAAAUAACCAUAGAGAAGAUGUUCAUUCUCACCACGAUCUCCGAUCUGGUCCAAAUUCGACCAGAGGAUUUCUCAAAGUUUAGCGCAGUCGCUAUUGAGGAUAACAUUAAUGAGAAAUAUGCCAACAAAGUCGUUCAAAAUAUCGGGCUAUGUAUCGGAUUCUAUGAUCUGCUCAAGUCCUCUGAUGGAUUGAUCGGGCAUGGCACUGGCCUGGUCAAUGUAAACGUCACCUUUCGACUUAUUGUAUUCCGUCCCUUCAAGGGUGAGAUCUUGCUUGGAAAAAUUACAGGCUCUUCUGAAGAGGGUCUCAAAAUUGGAAUGGAGUUCUUCUCCGAUAUAACCGUGCCCGGUGACCUACUCUUUGACGGAAGUGAAUACGACAUUGCAGAGAACCUCUGGGCCUGGCACUACCCAGACGCACCUGAACCUCACUGGUAUGAUAUUGGCGAAGUAGUCCGCUUUCGCGUAGAAGCGGAAGAAUGGCAUGAUCAGAGGCCUACAGGGCCUGAUCGGAUGGAAGCACAGACGGUAUCGGAGAGCAAGCCUCCGUAUUCGUUAAUUGCAUCCAUGGCGAUAGACGGUUUGGGGCGUCCCGCCUGGUGGUAGAAUGUAUGGUUAUAUGACACAUCGUCCAACAUGAUAUCCAAUAAAGAAUGACUCUGUAUCACACGGAGACUGUCAAUUAUUCAGAUAAAUACAAUUGCCUCAUCUUUCAAUAUCUCACGAAUUUACACUCUUUUC